CAAUAAUAUACUUAGUAUCUCCUACAAGACUGGUUACUGUUAUAAAUCUUUGCAUAAGAUGAUAGAACUGACAGGCAGUACCUGUUCUCAUGGCACAGUCUCAGGUACCUACUGUGAUUUCUCUUAUGGUUUCUGUAUUUCAGCAAAUCCAUUAAUGUCUUCUGCCUCCAUAUUCUGUAGUGUGCCCUAACAGCACUGAUUUUCCAACUUUUUUGUGCACUUGAAUCAGGUUGGAGGAUGCAUGUUAAGGGCUCAGGAAAGUUAGCAAGCUCUUUCCCAUAGUGGUGCUACCCCUUGAACACUGCCCUGAAGUGAUCUUCUGUUAUCAUUCACCCUUCCCAAAUUCCAAAUGUUCAUGGAGCACCAAGGAAAGCUUUAGAUUUGAAUUCUCUCUCUUGAGUUGGCUUCAUGUCUUUCACAGUGGUGACAAGGUGGGCCAGCCAUGAGAGGGUACAUUGUGGCCAUAUUCCUGAGUGCUGUCUUCCUCUACUAUGUGCUGCAUUGUAUACUGUGGGGAACAAAUACCUAUUGGGUGCCACCUGUGGAAAUGAGGCAGAGAAACAAGAUCCAGCCCUGUUUAUCAAAGCCAGCGUUUGCCUCUCUUCUGAGGUUUCCUCAGCUUCACCCUUUUCUGUGUACAGCUGAUUUUAAAAAGAUUGCUGCCUUAUAUGGUAGUGAUAAGUUUGAUUUGCCCUACGGGAUAAAAACAACAGCGGAAUAUUUUCGACUUGCUCUUUCAAAACUGCAGAGUUGUGAUCUCUUUGAUGAGUCUGACAACGUGCCAUGUAAAAAGUGUGUGGUGGUUGGUAAUGGAGGAGUUUUGAAGAAUAAGACAUUAGGAGAAAAAAUUGACUCCUAUGAUGUAAUUAUAAGAAUGAAUAACGGUCCUGUUUUAGGGCAUGAAGAGGAAGUUGGGAGAAAGACAACCUUCCGACUAUUUUAUCCAGAAUCUGUUUUUUCAGAUCACAAUCACAACGAUCCCAACACCACAGCGAUUCUUGUAGCUUUUAAGCCACUUGAUUUAAAGUGGCUGAUGGAACUGUUGAUGGGUGGAAAAAUAAAUCCUAAUGGUUUUUGGAAGAAACCAGCCUUAAACUUGAUCUAUAAGCCAUAUCAAAUCAGAAUACUAGAUCCUCUCAUUAUGAGGACAGCUGCUUAUGAACUGCUUCAUUUUCCAAAAACAUUUCCCAAGAAUCAGAAACCCAAGCACCCAACAACAGGAAUUAUUGCCAUCACACUGGCAUUUCACAUAUGUCAUGAAGUUCACCUAGCUGGUUUUAAGUACAACUUUUCUGACCUCAAGAGCCCUUUGCACUACUAUGGGAAUGCCACCAUGUCUUUGAUGAAUAAGAAUGCAUAUCACAAUGUGACAGCUGAACAGCUCUUUUUGAAGGACAUUAUAGAAAAAAACUUUGUAAUCAACUUGACUCAAGAUUGACCAUAUGGACUCAGAAGAUAAACAGUAUUAGUUUUAUUUUUGUACUGCAAUCUUUAGUUUAUUUUUAAAUACGUUGAACUCGUGAAAUAAUUAUGUAUAUUGUCUGUUGCUGCCUGGUGAUUUAUAACCACCAGCUCUGUGAAUAUAUUUAUGAAAACCAAGAAAUAGUUAUCAGGGAAUUUAGUCAAG